AUGCAUUUCUCCACUCUCGUCCUCACCACCCUCACCUUGGCUUUCGCAACCGCGUCUCCCCUCUCAACCCGCCAGGCUUCUAUUUGUGGAAACAAACUCCCACUAUGCUGCGGUGCAGGCGUAACCGAGACAACGUAUUUGACAUGUGAACCGGUGUUUCCUUUCCCGCAGAGUGUGGAAGAGCUGGAGUAUCGUUGCGAAGACCGUGGCUCGAACCCUCAAUGUUGUGAUUUUACCGGGUUGGUGUAUUCGCAAGGCUGUACUAAGCCUGGUGCUUGA